UUCAACGUCAGCUUCUUUUCUGCAGCGGCCCGUCGUAGAGAGAAAGUCAUAGCCGUUGAACAUGGCUCAACCGUGGGUCGCAAUGGUUGGAUGAUUCCAAUCUAGAAAUGCAAUGCUCUUACAAGUGCUUGAUUGGCUAUUUAGAGCGGUCAUCCUACAAACUAUAUAAGGGCUUUUCUACUUCGCUCCAAUCCAUGGAUUCUCUGGCCUACUCUGAUUUUCUUCAAUCUUUUACUGAUACUCGGUCUCUCGCUCUUGGCAAAUCCAUUCACUCCCACAUGCUGCGAAACCAUGUCAAGCAAAAUCUUUUUCUCCAGAACAAUCUUCUUAACAUGUACUGCAAGUGUGGAGACAUGAACCAUGCCCAUAAGCUGUUCGAUGCAAUUCCCAGCAAAGACAUUGUGUCAUGGAAUGUGCUUGUCUCUGGAUAUUUCCAAUCAGGUUGCAGUGAUGAGGCCAUAAAUGUCUUCAAAGCUGCCAGGACAAAUCAAGUUAGCCUCGACCGCUUCGCUUAUGCAGGUGCACUUAGCAUCUGUUCUCGAACAGGAAACCUGAGCUUUGGGAAGGCAGUGCAUGGCCUUGUUGUUGUAGGUGGGUUCACAAAGCAUGCUUUUCUUACAAAUUCACUUUUGGACAUGUACUCAAAGUGUGGUCAGAUUGAUGAAGUGUGGCGUGUCUUUGAUUAUUCAGAUCAUUUAGACGAUGUAUCAUGGAAUUCAUUGAUUUCAGCACAUCUUAAGAUUGGUUUGAUCUUUGAAACUCUAAGAAUUUUUGCUCAAAUGCAUUUAUUGAGGUGGAAAAUCAAUUGCUUUGCAGUUGGAAGCAUUCUCAAGUGCUGUUCAUACUCAAACGAGUUGCUUGAGUUUGGUAAAAUGGUUCAUAGCUCUGUAAUUAAAGCUGGAUUGGAUAACGAUGUUUUUGUGGGAAGUGCCAUGAUUGACAUGUAUGCUAAGAACGGUGUAUUGGAGGAAGCAAUUAAUGUCUUUAAGGCCGUGGCCAAUCCUAAUGUUGUUGUAUUCAAUGCAAUGAUUUCUGGGUUUUGUCAGUUGAAGAUGGAAUCACAUGAUGAGCUUGCGGGCAAAUCAUUGGUCUUAUACUCUGAUAUGCGAAGGACAGGAAUGAUGCCAUCAAAGUUUACUUUCUCUACCAUUUUGAGAGCUUGUAAUCUAACUGAUUCAUUUGAGCUUGGGAAGCAAAUCCAUGCUCAAGUUUAUAAAUGUGCUCUCCAAUUUGAUGAAUUCAUAGGGAGCGCACUAAUAGACUUGUAUUCUAUUUCGGGAUCUAUUGAAGAUGGACUUUGUUGCUUUCAUUCUAUGCCUAAACAAGAUAUUGUUACCUGGACGUCAAUGAUUUCGGGCUAUAUUCAGAAUGAGUGCUUCGAAAGGGCACUGAGCUUGUUUGACAAUCUAUUGACAGUUGGAAGAAAGCCAGAUGAGUUCACUCUAUCAAGUGUUAUGAGUGCUUGUGCAAACUUGGCCAUAUCAAGGUCAGGUCAACAAAUUCAAAGUUAUGUGACCAAAGCUGGAUUUGAUCAAUAUACAAUUUGUGGCAAUGCACAAAUCUUUAUGUAUGCAAGAUCAGGUGAUAUUGAAGCCGCCAGUAAAACUUUUUAUGAGAUGGAUAAUCAUGAUGUGGUGUCAUGGUCUGCAAUGAUCUCUUGCCAUGCUCAGCAUGGUUGUGCUAAUGAUGCCAUUGCCCUUUUUAGUGAGAUGAAAAACUGUGGAGUUGCUCCUAAUGACAUCACUUUUCUUGGUGUUCUUACUGCCUGCAGCCAUGGAGGCUUAGUGGAUGAAGGAUUCAGGUACUUUGAAAACAUGAAAAGGGAAUAUGGAAUUGUACCUAAUAUGAAGCACUGUGCUUGCCUUGUGGAUCUCUUUGGUCGAUCUGGGAGACUUGAUAAGGCUGAGAAAUUCAUAAUGAAUUCAGGCUUUCAAGAUGACCCCAUUGUAUGGCGAUCAUUGUUGAGCUCCUGCAGAAUACAUCAUGACACUGAAAGAGGCAAACAUGUGGCAGAGAGGAUUAUGGAGCUUGAUCCUUAUGCUUCUGCAACUUAUGUCAUUCUCUACAAUAUGUACUUAGAUUCUGGUAGACGGUCUAUGGCUUUAAGAACAAGAAAGCUGAUGAAAGAACGAGGGGUGAAAAAGGAACCUGGACUUAGUUGGAUAGAGGUGGGAGGUUCUAUUCAUUCUUUCGUAGCAGGUGACAAGACCCAUCCCAGGAGCCAGGAAAUAUAUGCACGACUGGAGGAGAUGAUUUCGAGUAUAGAGAAGCUGGGAUAUAUAAGUGUAACUACAGAGCCAGGUGACUUAGAUUUAGAGCAAAAGGUAAAUUUGUUAAACUGCCAUAGUGAGAAGUUGGCUGUGGCAUUUGGAAUAUUAUCAUUGCCAAAAGCAGCUCCUAUCAGGGUGAUGAAAAAUUUGAGGGUGUGUGUGGAUUGCCACACAAUUAUGAAGUUGAUCUCGGCAGUUGAAGGAAGAGAGAUUGUGCUAAGGGAUCCUAUUCGAUUUCAUCGGUAUAGAGAUGGUUCAUGCUCUUGUGGUGACUAUUGGUAGCUUGAUAGUGACAUGGGUGAUACGUUAUAUCCCAUGUUAUUAUGCCUUAAGUUCCACCAAAUGGAGAAGGUACGGGCCGGAAAAUCUGCAAGCCCGUUGCAAUUUAUUACAUACAUGAUGUUAAUCCUGAUUCUCCAACUUCUAAGCAGAAUGGUUUUUAUCAACAACCGAGUUGUUAAUAGAGAUGGCUGAAAUCUUUCAACAGAAUUAGCAUGCAAAGCUUGAUUGAGAUUUCAUUGGACCAUAAAUUAUCAUUAUGAUAUUCUGAUCAUAUAAUGUACUUUCAGAUGCUAUUAGAGAUGUUUCUGAAACGUAUUUACACGACAUAGGAAAAAAAUAAAAAGAUUGGAAUGAACUGGCUUCACACCUUGCAGGCUCCUUUCACAAAUUUGUCUCUGGAUGCUGUGAAAGAGAGGUGGAUGGAAAUGUUUAAACAAUGGAAGCAGAAAAUUAUCCAAAUGAAGGAGCGAUUUUUCAAUAUUAUGAGACUUAUGGAAACAUGUGUUCAGAGGCUGGACAGUGUCUAGGCUAAUAGGCUAUGAUAUGGCUUUUGUACUUGUAUGGUGAGAAACCGUAUUGCUAAAUAUUCGUUUGGCUACACAAAGAAAGUGCAUCGGCUCCAUUUCAAUUACUCAAGGUUUUUUGUGUUAGAUGAUAAGUUUCUCAACCAACCUCUCGGGGGAUUCUAACUAACUCUAGAAUUUUCUACUUUACUCUAUAUAUAGUGCCAG